AUGCAUUUCACGGUAUUAAAGUACAUAAAUAUUGAUUUGAUCAAUAAACAUUCAGUGAUAAAAAUAUCAAUGAGUAAAAUAACCAACGACAAGUCAGUAACCGAAUAUGGUUGUACCAAAAACGCAGACAAACUUCAUCAGUAUAUAUGCGAUCAUUCACUACGUCUGUCUGAAGCACAAAAGUGGUUAUUACAAGAGACCAGUAAACAUCCACUAUCAUUUAUGCUUAUCUCCAGCAUAGAAAUGCAACUUCUAGCAAAUUUGUGUUAUGCGAUAAAUGCUAGAAGGACACUCGAUGUUGGAACUUAUACUGGAUAUAGUGCAUUGUCUAUCGCGGAAGUAUUGCCAUCAGAUGGACGUAUAGUAGCCGUGGAUAAAACGGAUGAAUAUUUGAAAGACUAUUGUUUGCCAGCAUGGAAGAAGGCAGGUGUAGAAUCGAAAAUUGACUUCCGACUCGGUCCAGCGCUUCAAACACUACAAAAUUUGAUUGAUAAUGGAGAGAGUGGAACAUUCGAUUUUGCCCUGAUCGAUGCUGAUAAAGAAAACUAUAGUAAUUAUUAUGAACUAUGUUUGAAACUAGUUCGACCUCGUGGAAUAAUCGCCAUUGAUAAUCUUGGUUCAACAUGGUUGGAAAACUGUCCUAAUUCUCAAUUAUAUAGAAAUGGAAGUGUGAAAUUUGUUGAAAGUGUAAGAGAAGAAAUGAACAAGUGGAUUAAGGAAAGUGGUAAAGAAAAAUUAUUGGCUGUGAACUCUGGUGAUACAGGUUGUGGUGUGGGCGAUAAUCCAGAUCCAAUGUUGAUGUUCCGAGAUGUGGCUGAUUUAAUAAUCAGUCGCGAAUUUGUAUGGGGGAGAGGUGAAAAAGAACGUGAAUUAACAUUUAACCAAACAGCUCUACAAAAAUAUCUCACAUAUACAGAUUCCGACAAAGAGAUACUUGGUUUGACCACUAGCACUGUUCAUAUUCCGCCAUAUGGAGAUACGCUUCAGCUUGCGACAACAUUGUUAUUACCAGGACUACCAGUAAUUUAUUAUGGAACUGAGAUUGAUGUAAACAGAGUCACUUUACAUUAUCUUCCUCAAAGUAUUUAUCCGAAAGGAAAGACUUAUAAUGAUGAACCUUUUGAUAAAUAUUCGUCUGUAUUAUCUCAUAUGCCAAUGCCAUGGGAUUUUAAUGGGAAGAGGUUUUCGGCGACAAUAAAUGAUUCGAGAUUUCGUGACUAUCUCAUUGAUUAUAAUGACAAAAAAGUUGUUGAAAGUGAACUUGCUGAAGGAAAUGACAAAUCCGUUCUUCGUCUUGUUCAAAAAUUAGUAGCUUUACGUCAGAAUCCUAGUAUAAAAUGGGGAACAAUGGAGCAAAUAAAUAUUGAUCAAGAAUCUGUAAGUCAUGCUGAAGCAUUUGCACGAAAGGCGAAAGGUUUUCCAACAUUCAUUGUGGUAUUAGUAAAGUAUUUCAAGGAGGAUUAUUUUUUAGAUUUAACUUCUGUUUGUUCAUCAAUUACACCAAGGGUAAUUUAUCCUUCACAUCCACAAUUAUCAGUUGACAAUGCAUUAUCAACUUCAAAAAUAUUCAUCCCCAAACUGAUUUAUUCUAGUUACAUUUUAGUAUUUGAAUGUAAUUAA